AUGCUUGCAAUGCAUCAACACAAUCAGUCCUCCACCACACCCAAAUCAGCCUCCUCAAUAAAUCCGGAUCCUCUAGCAGCACUUCAACAACGGCCUUUCAGCUGGUACCUCCAUCGAACCACGGCUCCUUCUUCACCUGCCUCUUCAACUGUUAAUCUCUUCCUUGACGACAAUGACUCAAUGAACGCUGAAGGAUCUGAUAGUGGUAGAAGUACUGGUAGAGACAAUGGAGAUGAUGCAGGAAGACAGAAAUCAGCUUCUGAGUCUGGUUCCCAUCCACCUAUUCUCCCAGCUGGUUUCAGAAACUUCACUCGAUAUCUCGAUUCGAAGUUUGGUCCAGAUACAACGGACGAACAACGAAGUAAACGACAUCACCACCAUCAACGAAGACAUCGGCGUGAAGUAAUGGAGGGUAGUUCCCACACUACAACUGCAUCCGAUUCAUCUCGAGGUCGUAAUGUUACCGAGGUGAGACCGAAGAUUUCAAUCACCCACUGUGCAAGUGACGGCGACUUCUCUGAGUCUUCAUCUCGUCAGCCAGGUGUUAAUUCAAACGGUUCGGCAUCCUCGCUAAAAGUGGAUGAAAGCGAAUUGGCACAUCGACUGGCAGCAACUUGGUGUGCUCCUUACUGGUGUCCCCCACCUUUACCUCCGAGUGCAGCAUGGUACCACCAGGUAGCCCCUCAUGUGCCUCCUCUUCCACCUCCACCGCCACCACCUCGCUAUUAUGCCCCACCACCACCACAGAACACGGCUGCAGCUUGCUGGUUUAGAGCAGCUGCUAAUCACUUUGCCACCGCAGCAGCUAUCUUUGCAGCAGACAAUGCGGCCGCUGCUUCUGCUAUGGCAGCGGCUCCAGUUCCUCAGUCCCACAGUAAUAGGAAAGGGCACCCAACACUGUCUCCACGAAACCCUUCACUGAAUUCUUCCUCUUCUGUAAAUCAACUUCAAUCUAGACAAUACGUUCCAGGUAGAGUUAACGAAGCCGAAGAAGAGGACGAAGAUGACUUUUUCGUUGUCUCCGAUGAAGAGGAUCAACAACAGCCACGUCGAAGGCGUCAACGACGUUUGCCAGCUGUGGAGCCCCUUCAAAGGCAGCUUUGGGGAAGCCGUGGAAGUGAUACUGAAUCUCCUGGUGGAGGUAGUGGAAAACAAGCAGCAAACGACGUUGAAUGCGGUCUGGAUAUGCUUCCUCAAGAUCCUGCUCUAAUACUGCCCGAUCAAGUCGACUUUUACGCCCAAAUUAAGGACCUUCUGGAAUUGGACAGCAACAUCUCUCUGCCCCUUCCAGCUGGAUGGGCCGUAGGGGUCUCAUCUUCCGGUCGACGUUUCUAUGUCUCUUGUCCGAGUGGAGAUACAGUGAGCUCCAGAAAUCGAACUCGAACCACUACUUGGCAACACCCUGUCAUUGCACCCCGGAUACCCCUUGGUUGGGAACGUGUGGAAAUGAGACGAGGAAACUGUGUCUACUAUCGACAUCUACUCAUACCUCACACCCAACGCCAUCAUCCCGACCUCUGGUUUCCGACAAGUAUGAAGAAUGUCGAAUUUGAGCACCAAAGUUGGUUCUUCGACUUGCGUAAACUCCAAGAAUCGGUUUCAAAUUUUGACAAAGGAAAUUCUCAAUUUAUUGAAUCAUAUGUAGAUACCAAUGAACUCAGUGAAGAGGCCCGAUUUGCUGAACUCCUAAAACGAUACGGUGUUGGCGAAUUGGAGAAUCUCUUGAAGCACCUUGACUGCAGAUUCUUCCGUGACCUUCAUCGAAUGGUUGUGGCUUUUGAGGUUGCUCGAAUCCGGAUAGUUCGGGAGCUCUUCGUGCAACAUAUUCAACGGACUAAUGCCAAUGUAGUAGAAGUCGCAAACUCCCAUGCAAAUCCUGAAUCCUCUCAAUCAGCUUGA